AGACGACACAAACAGGGUGAGGAAUUUAGUUGUUUCAAUAGUAGUUGUUCAAUCACCUGGCGCAAUACCAGUGCCACCAUGUAGCAGUGAGCAAAGAUUCACUUCGUGUCGCUUUCCGCACAAUAAAAGCGUCGCGGUCGCGCACUACUUGACUAUCCGGCUCUUUUUAGCGGAGAAAUUUUUAAAGUAGAUUGUCCAUGUUGAAGAAGUUUACAGAACAAGUAAACCUAUCGCAAUUUCCCUAAGUAAAACUUUUUAGCUCAAGUUCAUCAUCUGCCCAGUUUUAGUAGAUUUAGUGUCCUGAUAAACGCCGGCACGCCUCGCGCAAUAUGAUGUAAAACAGACUCUUUCCAUCGCAUUCGCAGGCUGUAAGAAUAUAAAGUAACAAAUUGAUGGAACAAAGUAAUGACGGUACGACGCUGAUACGGAGUACCGAGUUUGUGACAUUCGGCUCACCAGUAUUUAUCUUCGCAGCUCGUCCGCGGCCGGCCGCUGAGGAAAAAUCCGAAUCCUCGCAGCGCGCAAUGCUGGGGCCACAGGUGGUCGAGCAUCAACACUUUCUCGAACCCUGACCGAGAAGAAAGUUUCAGGAUAAGGCGACGAGGACUAAGCCUGAACUCAUCUUCGCCUAAGAUCGACCACGGAGCCGACUCCAUUGGAACUCGGGUCGUGGAACAAAAGAGACGAACGGUAGUUCGUCGCUGGGCUGGAGGAGCUGUGCUUCUGGUGGUCGUGGACCACGAAGGAGCACAUUACAUCAACUCACUGGUUGUGAUUGACGAAGUUUACAACUGAAUCUGAGACAGCUUCAUCAACAGGACAACAAUUCCAAUUCGCGACGACGUGGAGAGGACAGCCAGUUUAUGUUUAUUUGAAGUGAGUCGGAAAAAACAGUUUGGCGCCCAACCCGAAAUAGCAACAGGAAGAAGCAGAGCCGUGGCGAUUCUUUGCCCCUAAAGAUUUCGGAAACAUCACGACCGGAAACCGGAAAGACAAAGAGGCUACUUGUACUUGUUACAAGAAACCACAGCUUGCAGCAAAGUAGUUGCUGUCGGCCGUAGCCGACUUACUUUCUCGUCCUCGCGCAGCUUCGUUUGUGGCGCUGUAGUGCUCGCAGAUCGUGCGCAGCUCUGCCCGCUUCUCAUCUUCAUCUGAGCAACAUCUUCAUACACACGACCUCAGCGAAGAAGAACACAAGGAAGCGUGCUACUCCUGCUCAAGUGAACAAAGACAGGAACAACUUGAACUGAAAGUGAUCUUCACCUACAGGCACCACAACUUAAUCUAGUUCCUGUUUGUUCCCAGCUCGCUGCAGGUACCAUGCAGCCCCACGACACUAGUGAUGAGGAGCUCUACGGCCCAAACCGAGGCGAAGCGGCGCCGGCCCUGGCGGGAGAGCGCACGUUCGCAAAAUUCCAGCAAGCUUGCCCAGGCCUCAUGGAGCACGAAAACGAAUUCUACAUCGAUAACGUCGGUGGUUUCCUCGAGGGUGACAAGAUCCGAUCAGACCCCUUUGUAAUAGGGAACUUCAGGUACAACUAUCAAUAUGAAUAUCAUUUGUGCGAAGAUCUUCAUGCCACGCGUUUUUGAGAGUGUGCACAACGUUGGCAGCUGCAUUUUUUUUCGUUUUCCAUAUUUAUAAAUAUAAAGUACUUUGCCUCACGAGGACAACAAGCGAACCAUGUCUAAGGAACUUCGAUCUAAACCAUCCCGACAGGUAUCGCGUCCUCGUUUUCCCGUUUGGCACACGAAACCAGGGUAGUCGACAGCCGCCAACACUUGCCGCCUUCGUGGAGGCGGACCCGCUGCCGCAGAUAGACCAGGAGAGAUGGAUGUUUCACAAUGUCAAAUACGCCCUGACACUCGUCAAUCACCAUGACUACACGCAGUCCGUCCACAAGAGCGACUCCUGGUCUUUUUGCAAGCGUGAGAUCGACCGCGGAUGGCACAGCUUCAUCAGCGUAAAGGACAUGCUGGACGGGAGCAAGGGCUGGAUAAACAAUGAGACGGAGAAGAAGGUAGUUUAUGUCUCCUGUGUUGUGUUUUUAUACCCGCGGCCUUUUUUUCCAUUUCUUUUUCAUCUUCUUGUGAGUGGCCGGGCCUUGCUUGAUCCAUUCUCCAUUCUCCAUUCAUCUUCUUGUGUUGAUACAUAUCCGACGCGGGCACCACAACGUCAAUACACGCAUGUGGAGCUGCGAUGGGUAGUUUCGUGAAUGAAAGCAGAAGUAUGCACCCGCUUACGCUUUUCAAAAAAAGGGAAUCUUGUAAGUAUAUCUACUUUACUCUCGACUCGAAACUCCAGAUCACCUUUCGCGUCCAGUGCUACGUGCGCAAUAGUGAGUCCCUGAUCAACAUCGGCGCCGACUAUGACAGCAAGAAGGAAACGGGUUUUAUCGGUUUGAAGAAUCACGGGGCAACCUGCUACCUCAACUGCCUCCUGCAGACGCUUUACAACAUCGGCAAGUUCCGAAAACUGGUGUACGAGGCAGACACCUCGGAAACGGCAGAAACCGACGCGCCAACGAGCGGCUCGGGAGGGGAUAAGAAAUCCAGCGCCAGCAGCAGUUCCACGGACCAGCGCGGCGGCAUGCACGGACCCCCAAAUUUACUGAAGGCCCUGCAGAACAGCUUCUACUCGUUGCAGACAAACCAGCAGGCGGGAAACUGCCGAGAGCUCAUGCGCAGUUUCGGCUGGGAAUCCGUCGAUGCCUUCACGCAACACGACUACCAGGAAUUAAAUAGGAUACUGCUAGACAAGGUAUACAUAACUUCUUCGACAAAUCAGAAUUCGCGUGCUGGUUGUUCUUGGAUACCUUACCUUGUUUGCGCAAGCACCUUCUACGAGAGCUUGAUGUAGUUGAUGAUUUUUGUUUGCCCUCGUGUUAUUUCCAGGUAGAAGAAAGGUUGAAAGGCACGAAACUUGACGGCGAGCUGAAGCGCAUGUUUGCUGGUGAACAGGAAAGCUACAUCGAGUGCACGAACGUCAACUACGCCUCGAAGAAGCUGGAGCCCUUUUACGACAUAAAUCUCAAUCUAAAAACCGACGAUGGCUCGUAUAAAGUUUUCAUUUCGUUUACUCUAUCUUGCAUCUGACAGACACAAAAAAGGCUGUGGCUGAGUUUGUGAUUCGGAAUAGUACUUACUAGAGCGAUACGAAUAGAGUUCGUUGGUUCAUGUUCGGACACCACACGAUCACGACCAAAUUCACUGUAGGUGGGUGAACAACCUGGAGGACGCGUUUCGCGACUAUGUGAAAGAGGAAAUGAUGGAGGGCGAAAAUGCCUACGACGCCAGCGACGGCGGUUUCGGGAAACAGCCCGCAAAGAAAGGCAUUCGGUUUAAAUCGUUGCCGAUCGUCUUCAAUCUCCUCCUGAAACGGUUUAUCUUCGAUCUGGAAACGCUGGACACGAUCAAAACAAAUGACGAAAUGCAGUUUCCCCGGAGGAUAGACCUGUCGGAAUACGUCCCCGGGGACCAUGACCCUGCCGUGUACACCCUGUACGGCGUGACCGUGCAAACCGGCACCGUUUCCUCCGGCCACUACUACUGCUUUCUCCGCCCCUGGCAGGAGGACGGCACGGAAGCGGGGCAACUCUCGUGGAUACGGUUCGAUGACGAGCAAAUCACGAAAGUCACCGAGUACGAAGACUAUUUAUUUUGGCUGAAUAUUUUCAUCGUACUUUUAUGCAACACCAAUACAACGGGGCUGCAGGCUGCUGGAGGGGGCUCUACAUGUCGUAAUUACAGCAACAGCAUACAACGUGCAGCACUCGGAAAUAAACUAGCAUGCUCAACAAGCUACAGUACUGGUGUACUAGGAAGUAGAAGGAACAAGAAAGCGGCACUGUACAGCACCAAUUGCAAUUAUCAGGUAUGCUGCGAUGCAAGAUAACUACGGCGGCGAAGAUUUGGGCACGUUCAACCACUUUCAGCUGAGUCUCGAGCAACUGAAGGAGAAAAAACUUCCCGAGCGAAACGGCUGGCCGCAGAAGCAAAUUCGCAUGGCAAAUGCGUACAUACUGGUCUACAUUCGGGAGGACCACGUGGAGGACAUGUUGAAGCCCCCGAAGCCAACAGCCGCGCUCCGGGAACGCAUAGAAAGAGAGCAGGAAGAGAAGCAAAAAGCGCGCUACAACGAGCAAACAAAGGUAGAAGUUCUUUGGAGUCUUCCUCUUCUGAUAAAAAUCUUCUGAAUGUUUUCUUGCCACUUGUUGUUGAGUUGUUCCACGUCACUUUUUAAGAGAUCGCGAGCAGUAUUUUGAGUGCAUUGGUGGCGAUGAUCUUCAUGUCUGCGUGUUACAUUGUAGAUGCUGCGAACUUGUUUUGAUCCAUUCAUCUCGCUCCGGAUGAAGAUGACGUGAACUCUCACGCUCAGCUUUGACCAAGAAGAAGAAGAAGAAGAAGAAGAAUUUCCUUUUUUUUUGAACGCCUAAAAAAAAAAGGACAAGAAGAACCGCACCAAAAUUAUAUUUCAGGUUCUCAUCUCAACUGUGUUGGAGAAGGACCUCCUGGCGAAGCAGCCGUGCGGUUUCUGGGACAGCAUGGAGGGCACCGUCCCCCUCACAAUCCGACCACAGGAGUUCCCCAAGGAGGAACAAAACGUAAAAAUCUGGGAGCAAAUGCAAGUGUCGCUGCAGGGUCAGGACAUGUGGCCAAAACCGCAGGGCGGCGAGGAACAAGUGCCUCCACAGGGCCAACCAGACAUCCGCAACUUCGCAAUGUUCGUUCUCCGGCGCCGCACCAACCGACAAAUCCGCUUCUCGAACAUAUCACACACGGAAGCACUCAAAAGUAUAUUUUCAUCCUUAAAAGUUGUAUCAAUGUCUACUACACUGAAGCAUGUUGAGCAUUUUCUUUGUCGCUGCGCCUUCUGGCCUCGUAGUACUUCUCGUAGUGUCCUCUCCUCCUGCCGCUCGUGCUCGCAGAUGAUGGUGUAGCUUUUGAUGUGCAGUGCUCCACUAUAAUCGUCGACAAUUGUACUUAAGUAUUCGGAACGUCACAUAAUUAUAAUGAUUCUGAAGAAUGCUCAUAGUAUUAUCGCACUUCCACAGAAGCGACAAUAGGGACCGAAACGCAGCAAGAUCAGCAGGCGAACCGCAUGUUUGGUGGCGACAUUCCCGACACUUCCGUUCCUCGCCUGACUGUCCUCGCGUUCCAGAUGAACGGUUAUGAUCCUGAUACCUUUUGCUGGAACCCCACGGAGUGGGGCAUCGACGGGAAAAACACGCUCACACGAAAAAGCUUUUUUGAAUGGAAAGAAGACUCCUUGUGCAAGGUCUUGGUCAAGUACUUCUGCCCGGUCACAAGGAACAUAAUGAUGCUCGGCGUUGUAUACGGCAAGAUGACCGAUCAGGUGCGUAGUGAUCUUCAUAUCAACAUCACCAUUGUUCUUUCUCAAGGUUGACGCUACGGUUUAUCUCCCACUUCCUGUCAACAGAACAAUGCUUCAUCAUCUCCAUCUCCAUGUGCUAGCUAUAGGAGCUUCUACUUCUGCAUAACGUCAGCUUCGCCUCUUCCGCCUGAUAGUACCUUAAUGAGUUAUUUUGUAUCGGCAAGGGAAUGUGGAAGAGGAACUACAGGUAGAAAACGCAUUCCUAUUUUUUCCAAACAAAACCUUUACCAAAACAGAUACACAAGCUCGAAAAUUGGGUAAUAAAACGACAAAAAGCGACCGCUGAGAAGUACCCGGACCUGUGUCGACCUGCGCCCGCGAACUGCAAGUGGCUCUGCUUCGAAGAAUUCUCUAACGUGGAAAUCAAGCCCGUCAGCUUGAACGAAAGUAUUAUACAACCUGAAUUUUUGUAGUAUUGCCCGAGUUCUAAUGCUUAUGCUUGUAGACGUACAACUACAACAUGGACUAAAGAUUCAGAGCGGAAAUAAGAACGCUCGUUCUGCUCACAGAACCAUGAAAUUGAUAUUGAAAGUGAAAGAUGAAAAUUCAUACUUUUUUCGCAGCAUGUCAUCAAUUAUGUAUACCACAGCCUUCAAGCAGGCGGAUCUAUACACGGGCGACAUCAUAAUUUGGCAACCCGAGGUAACGGAGCCGCAAGAGGUUCCCGUUGGUGAGUUGCCCUGCGACACCGUCAAGGCUUUAGCGGAGAACAUAGCAAAUAAAAUGACGGUAUUGAUGAAAAAUUUGUUGAAGUGCUGGCGACUUUCUCCGCAUCGACGACUCUUGAUCUUCGGUAGUUGUUGAUCCCGAUCGGAUCUUCUCAAAAAGGUGAAAGGUGAAGCUGCAGGAGGACGAUGAACCAAUUAUGCAACAAGAAAGACACAAGCUGCAUUUCUUCGCGCGAGAUGAAGAUUUUUGUUUUUCGUCUUUAUGGUUCGCUUGUUGAAGAUGAUCUACUCCGUUAAGAAUUAUAUUUACCUUCUAAACUCUAACUCAGCUCCGCAUUGUUCUUCAUGACGCGGACGAGCUUUGGGCCAUCGACGGCAUUACCUCUGGCCCGAGCGUGUGGAACACCUUGAAGGGGGGCGCCGCGACCCCGAACAGCGACGCAGUGGAUGCGAGCUUGCAGGAGGAGGGGAAUGGGCAGGAUGCGGACGGAGGAGCUGCAGGAGGACCCGCUGCGGCCUCGUCGCGCAGCCACGAGUUCACCAUGGAUACGCGACAAACGGUCUCCGCGUGCCUGCAAAAAAUCGCAGACCACUUUGGUAUCGAGAACGUCGAAAACCUGUGGAUCUUCCGGCACCCGCCCUCCGGCUACGGAGAGGAGCCGCUCAGUCCGCAGAGGAAGGUAUCAUAAGGAAAAACGUCCCCACCCCAGAGUUGUCAUGCAGAUUUGCAUUGACGAGGACAUUUGUGAUGCGCACACCCACGGUAGCCAUUUCCAAUCGUGUUUUUGGAAUUUGUGAUGCUGUGAACAGGAUAAGCAUAUGGAUCUGUGAUGCGGCUGCACUUGCUAACCUGCACUACUACACCAUGGAAUGCAACUUGUCAUGCGUGACGUCCAGCAAGGCUCCUAGGUUUCUGUUGCAAAAUCCCCAUCUUGAAUCUGGUGUGGGGACGUUUUUACUCAGGAUAGAAGGAGGAGGACACGAACUGCACGCUGGCGCAGCUGCAGCUCCCGAGACAGAUAACGCUCCACGCGGUGGUCGUCCCGGGCUUUCCGAAGAAGGUAUGGCGGGAGCAGUGCGCGCACCUAAUCGAGGACCACCACUUGGCGCGACAGAGCAACGAAUACGUCGUCAAUCCCGAGGGGAAGUCGUUAUCGGUCGUGGUUAGGUAUUUUGAUGAGGCCGUUGUCGAGCGCGCGAUGACAGUUUUGCAAAAAAUGCCCUACAACAUCACCGCAAAAGAAGCGACAAUACUGGCACUCACCAGCUUCAAAGCGGAAGGACUCGACGAUAAGGUAGAUAAACAGUUCCACGAGAAACAUUAGCCUACUCUACUUCCUGAUGAUGAAGAUGUAGUACAGUUAGUACUUUUUUGUGGCGUUAUUCUGGUGUUGCGUCGAAAUGGCACAUAUAUGUUGAAAAGCACUCUUGCUGAAUGACUCGCAGUCGCAGAAAAUUUAGUAGAAAUUACUAUGGUCAUCUAUGCUGAUAAAUGAAUACAGGACCCGGCACAGUGGAGGUUGCUCGGCAUACAUCAUAACUUGAAGGGCCUGGAGAUUCUCGCUGAGGACUCCCUGCUGCGCGAGCAGGACUGCUUCCGAAAAGGAAACUCGCUCUAUCACUGCCUUCGACUCGAGAAAAUUGCGGUGCCAGAGAAAACACCAAGUACUUACAGUUGUUUCUACAAGACUUUUUUGGAUGUAAGUAGCUUCUACUGGAGGCAUUCUAACGACGAGGUUCGAUGGUCGUCACAAUUGUUCGUUUUCAGCAUCAUUACUCUGUUCUGUAUCUUCGAAGUGGUGGACAUCACAGAAAAAUAAAAAAAACUUAAUCUCUAGGCAAAACCAGCGACGCGGCCCCGGAGGGCACCACCUCCCCUGGUGGACAGCAAGAGCAGCCCGACGACGCAACUGCAGGCCCCUCGUUAAUCUGCUGCUACCACGCCGAACGCUCCAACACCAGUAUUCCCUUCGGGCACCCCUUUUUCCUGCCCGUUUUCCCUAUCGAAAGGAAAGACUCCCCCUCCCCAUAUUGAGAAGGUAUGUUCCCGAAAAUUUGUGUUGCUGAUUUGAGGUCACAAAUCACAUCUGUGUUGCAAGAAGACAAGGGCAGAAGCUGCCGCCCCAUUAUGGAAGGUGUUUGUGAUGCUGUUUCGCCUAAAAGGGAGCUGUUUGCCAUGCUAGACAACUAGACCCAGGCGCCUGUGCCUAGGCUUAGUAUCUGGCCGCAAUGCCUUGCUGCAAUACAAAGCGCAUUUGUGUACACAAAUCCAGCAUCAGAAAUUCCGUUUUGAUAUGGGGAGGGGGGGUUUUUCAUUUUGAUAUUCCCCGAGGAUACCGUGCCCCUGAUCAAGCAGCGGGUCCGGGAAAAGUUGCAGGUCCCGGUAUCCUGUGUAAAAACAUCCCCACCCCAGAGCUGUCAUGCAGAUCUGCAAGCAGAAGAGCAUUUGUAAUGCGCAUCCCCAUGAUGGGCCUUUCCGAUCGUGUUUUGGAACUUGUAAUGCUCAUGCUGUAAAUCGGAUAAGCAGAUGGAUUCGUAAUGCGACUUCCAUUGCUCAUUUGCACUGCAAUACAGCCAAUUGAAUUUGUUAUGCGUGCCUCCCAAAACUUCAAGGUUUGUGUUGCAAAAUCCCCAUCUUGACUCUGUGGUAGGAACGUUUUUCCUUAGGAUACCCCGAGCGCGAAUUCAAGCACUGGCGGCUCGGCAAAGUUACGGACAGCCAAAACUCCAUGUUCGACGCGGCGCAGCGAAAUUUGCUGCGAGACGAAGACUCCAAGGAGGAACUUGCGCAGUUUCUGUUCUCCGCGAACACGCGGAACGCACGGAAAAUCUGCCUCGAGCACGUACACCCACCCCCCACCACCUUCGGCGCGGAUCAGAAAUCAUUCCGAAACCAAAAACCCCGCGGCGCGCUGACGAUCAAGUAGCAGGAGUAAGUGCAGUGGUCUCGCAGCCACGGGCAGCACGGCGUAGAAGCAAUUCCUGUGGUGCGACAGCGACGGAGAAACGGGCACAAUAAGCCGCGAAGAGAUCUACUGCUCUCGUCAGAGGUAAGAGCAGUGAGCUUCUACCUGCUGCUCUCCCAGUAGCUGCCGGCGGAAACAAGUAUGUGAACAGAGACUUUGAAUCUUCCACGUUUAAAGAAAAAGUUCGUCUGCUGUAGCUGUAUAGAUUGGCAAAUAUAUAAGGCAAGUCAGUAGCUACUAGCCCUAGCUACUGUAGAAGCGCAAACUAUGUUUGCUUUUUAUCUGUUUUUUCGUUUUACGCAGUAUGAGGCGAUAGACAAGGUACUUUUAGUCUUCCUCAUCUUCGUUUUUUUCCGAGUAUCAUAGUAACCGGGUCUUCACUCAGAGCGGAAAUGAAGAUUCCACACAGUUUUAUUCCGAUAGCAAUAGCAAACAAGCCAUUGGUUUUUUUCAACAUUGUUCAGAAACAGAAUACAGCGUCAAGGUCAAAGUCGGAGCUUGUUCGGCUUCAAAACUACUCCGAUUCAAAUUUUGUCGAAUAGAAGUUUCCGUUGUCAGUGUAUACUGCAACCAGCCGCGAUUAUCUCACGCCCAUAUCGCCUCAUUUUAUUCGCAGCGCACCGGCAGUCUUUCCCACGCAAAUCAUAUCAUAUUAAAGUCUUCAACAUAGCCCAUUCCUUUUAUGGCAUGGUGACCACCCGUAGUCAUACCCACAGACCCCACGAGGCCCCCCCCUCCGGCAGCGCGACCAGCAUCACACUGCUGAUGCUCAUUUACUGGCACCCGCUAGUGACCAUCAUGUUUGGAUUACAUCAGCAGCUUUACUCUUCCGCCAGAGCACUUGGCUAGACGACUCACAUGAAAAGUUGUGGCGCUACAAAUCGUAGUGUCGAUUUCGAUAAGUACAAACAAGAAGGAUUCUAAGGAGAAGAUGACCGCCUUCUUUUGGUGCGAAAAACCCACCCUGCUCUCACUUUCCUUUUACAGCCGCAUUAACUACAACUGUAGCUACAGCUGCAACUCGUUUAUGUUUAUGUUUCUAUCGUUUUUCUUUUUUGUCGUUGUUCGUAAAUUCGUUGUUGGCGGUCACGAUUCGUCAAGUCGUGACUCGUGUUAAUAUACGUGUAUGUUGCUUUUGAAAAUAAAGGACGCAGAGACUCCUCUUCGCAGUGUACUAACUUGAUGGUAGAUGGAUGUUUACCAGCUCAUCUGAAUGCUUUGCUAAUGAUCACGCAACACUAGGAAUACGAAUAUGCAAAAGAAAGACAAGCAUGAUAAUCGAGACGGCAAAGCUAGUUGCUAUGCAGAGCACAGUCACAACGCAACCUCAUGAUCUGAGGCUGCGAAGCACCGUCUUCAUCGUUUGUCUGGCCGCUCCAACCAUGGGCAUGAUUGCCUACGCAUAGGUGUCCAGGACGCCCGCGGUCUUUAGUGUCUCGAUCUGUGGAGGCUUCCACAAUGUCGAGCGGGCGGUCC